CUGCUGAUUGCAUUUUGUGCGGAGCUAUAUUUUGAUAAUGGCGGCACCCACAAAAUCCGGCUCUCGCCUCUCCUUACACUAAAUCUGAACGGUGUUUAGCCGCUUCAUCACCUUCUACGGGCCCUGACAAACUACCGUUAGUUGGUCACACUUUUUUUUUUUUGUGGCGACGCGUCACACUCCCAGUCUGCACGCUGUCAGUUAUCGUUGAAGCGCCUGCCACAAACAUCGGUGCAUGGAAACGAACUUCAGCGGCCGAUAGUAGUGGCGAAAACGCCGAACCUCCGGGAAGGUCAACGAUGUUCGCGUCUCGACUGGCGCGGGACGCCUUCCGAAUUGCGUGCGCCACGCCGCUCAGAUCCAAGCCAUGCCUCCGAAGGAUGACUCGGCAGUUUUGCAACGAGGCAUCUGGCGGCGGCGGCGGCGAUGGGUACGCCAAGCGCGUGGGACUGGGCAAGAAAUUGUUCUCCACGGUGCUGUUCGGCGGCACGCUUGCGACGGCACUGUACUUGAAGAGGCGGCGCCGAAACGAACAGAGCGAGCUGUUCAAGGACUGCGUCAUGCUGCCGAGGGACGAGAACUAUGCGCCCAACUUGUACCUGUACAACUACAGGGGCUACGUGUUUCCCGCGAUGGUCAUUAAGUCGCUGCCCAAGGUGCAGACACUCAAGGCGAGGCCGGAUGACGUCUUCGUCGUGUCCUUCCCCAAGACCGGCACGACCUGGGUCCAGGAGAUUGUGUACCUCAUUUCAACGAACCUGGACUUCCGGUCUGCGGCCGCCCGCAACCUGGAGCAGCGCUUCCCGUUUCUUGAGUACUGCUACCCCGGAGUGUCCUCCAUUGAGAAGCUGCCCAACGCGCGGCUCAUCAAGUCGCACCUGCCCCACUCGUUGCUGCCAGAGUCCAUGCACACCGAGAACCCAAAGAUCAUUUAUGUCAUAAGGAACCCGAAGGACGUCUGUGUGUCCUUGUACCAUUUUACGAAGCUCAUCAAGGAGACCGGUUACGAGGGCACCUUCACAGACUUCUUUGAAUCCUUCAUCAAGGGCAAUGUGGCGUAUGGUCCCAUUUGGAAGCACUACUUGGAAUGGUGGGAGCAUCGCAACGAUCCCAACGUGCUCGUUGUAUCGUACGAGGAGCUGCACAAGGACGUCUGCAACGUCAUUCAGCGAAUAGCGCUCUUCCUCGAGAGGCCCCUGAGGGACGACGAGGUCAACGCUAUAGCCGAACACUGCCGCUUCACGAGCAUGGCCGCCAACAACGCCGUCAACUAUGAACACUGGAAGAAGCUUGGCUUCGUCAACCUCGCAGAAGGGGACUUCAUGAGAAAAGGUAUUGUAGGCGACUGGAAGAAUUACUUUACUCCUGAAAUGAAUGUGACGAUGGAUGAGUGGAUCAAGGACAAGUUUGGAGGCACUGGAAUGAGCUUUGUUUACGAGUUGCGGGAUGAAGUGACGGAUGGCGAGGAAGUGUAAUGUAAGAAACUAACAUGACUAAAUUGACCAGCUCUUCAAUGCUCUGUGCUGGUGGCCCAGGAGACAUGGAUACUUGCAAUGUAGCACAGGUUUUUGCAUUUGAAAUACUAGUAGUCAAUUUGAGAGAUUACUAGUACUUUUUACCAGUCACAAAGUCCAAGAGGUCAACUUGAAGGUCUAUCUUUGGUGUUCGGUGGUGCCCAGUGGUUCUUGUUUCUGUUCUAGGUUUUAAUAAAAUUGUUGACUUAUGAGCUAUUUAUGUGAAAGAAAUGAUAAAAGAUGUUACAUUGGUUGCAUUGCAUCAGUCACAAUAGUUGCAUGUGAAAGAAAUAUUAAAGGAUGUGAUACUUGUUGCAUCAAAGU